GUGAGUAGCAGGAGCCUGUGUUGAAUCUCAGGCGAACAUGAAGCCGCAUCCUCGCGUUACUCGGACAAAGUGGGCUGACAGACUGGACGCUGAGCCGGAACGUUCCGGUAAAUGCAGCUGGCAUCGAGACGAGAAGAAGAAACUUCUUGUUGCCCUUAAAAGACUGAGUAGCGGGACCGCCGCAGGAAAAACAGACAUCGACUGUGCCUUCCUGAGGAAACACCUGCCUACUCGGUCCCUUUCAGAGAUCCAGUCUGUGGUUGAACUUCUGAAGAACAAAGUGCUCUUAAAUACCAGGUUGAAGCUGAAAAGGCAAAGGAGGGAGGAGAGGAACGUUAGAAAACCCAUUGAGGAGUGGACAUACAUGGCCUCUUCUUUAGUGGGAACCCUUGAGGAAUCUAUUUCCACUGCUUUCUCUCAGAUGCUGAUCGUGUCUUCUACAGAGCCUUGCACUUUGAGAAAUGGUGACCCUCCCCAGGUGCACAGACCACCCACAGAUGGUCGUACCAUCCCUUUGAGGCCAAUACCGGUGCCAGUGCAAGGUGCGCAUCGGUACACAAAGGCAGUCCAGUCACCCAAGACUCCAGCACCAACCACAAGGCCAUCCAAAACACCGCCAGCACCAUCUCAAAUUGCAUCUCUGACAGCGACGCCAGAGAAAGGACCGCUUCAACCCCCUUCUAGGUCUUCAACAUCUCCAAGUCUUAGCAGGUCAAUAAACAAGACCACCCAGCAGCCCACCGAGCCACAGCCCACCACCGUCGCCAUCACCUCCACCUCUCAGUCUUUGUCUUCCAGCCUUAAUGUGCCCGCCUCUUGCUCUGCCACUACCCUUACUUCAGUCCCCCGUUCUGUAUUAUCCACUGCUGCCUCUUCAGCCAUUUCCAGCUGCUCCACACCCACUACUCUCCCACAGUCCGUCUCCGCCACAGCAUUUCAUGCCAAGUUUGGUCGGACCAGCAAAUAUGCCACAAAAAACAUGUUUGGUGUCAAGUGUGUAGUGGACUUUGAGAGGAUCUAUGGCUUCUUAAGUACAGUUCAAAAACCGAAUCAGGAUUGUCAACUCACUCCCAUGGAUGUACCAGUGUCUCUCUGCCCCCGCUGACUCUAACACGACAAGAAGAAGGCUUCAAGAACUGGAUGAUGAACUUUUUACUCAGUUAAAGGCACUGGUUCCUCAAGACCAUCAGACUCCCACAGGAACUACCGACAGCACUAACAUCACGGACGGUGAAGGAAAGAAGUCACUGAUGCACAAAGCCGACAGCCAAUCAACACAGAGCUCUACCACAUCUAGCAAAUUAGAUUAUUCAAAUGUGACGCCCCCUCAUCUGAACCCUUUUAUUGUGCCGCUGACACUGUUAAAGCGUAGACAGAAUCCAUAAUUAUUUAGACGUUGUUGUAGUGAUUUUUAACCCAUUACUGAGCUUUCAGCUCAUCACAGUAUGUUAAGUGUCAAAAGCUCCUGCUAAUUGAUUUUCUUUAUUUGUUUGAAUUACGUGGGUCCUUAUUUCAAACUUUCGAACUGUAUCAUUCAUGCAAAGCUGUUCUUUCAGCUCAUUAUGUUAGUACAGUUAAACAAAUGCAUUUGGGACAUUUAGCUUUUUCUUUUUAAUAGAAAUGUUUCCUGCAGAUAACUCUUUGACGUUUUAAUAUAACUAAACAACACUUCCAAACAGCACUUUCAGAUCUUUCAUCUAUGAGAACGGCUGAAUGUAAUAAAACUAUAUUAAGUAUACCCUCGCCUACCCAAACCCUUUAAUUCAGGUGUUCCGAUCACUUCCACGAACACAGCUGUAUAAAAUCGAGCUCCAGGCCUGCAGACUGGUUCUACAUUUGUGAAAGAAUGGGUCGCUGUCAUGAGCUCAAUACAUUCCUGCGUGGCACCGUUACAGGAUGCCUGUGCAAUGCUGAAUAUUCCAGUCUGCCAGUAGUAUAACAAAGUGAGAACCACUGGGAAUGAAAGCCUUCAAAUGAGCUUGAGAGCAGCACGUAGACGGCUUCAUUGAACAGGUUUCCGUGGCUGAUCAGCUGCAUCCGAGCCUUACAUGAAAGGUUUUGGAUGCAGUGGUGUAAAGCACUGGACUCCAGAGGACACGCGUUCUCUGGAGUGACGAAUCACACUUCUACGUCUGGCAGUUUGGGUACAGGAGUGUGGAUUUGGGGAUUGGAGAACAGCGGACCUGACUGAAUUAUGCCUGCCUGUUCAGCAGCUGCUGGGACCUGGAGGAGGAAGAGCAAUAGAUAUGCAGCUCAUUCAUUGGUAACUGUUACCAAUGAACAGUUCUGUUCAGCACUGUCUACAGAAAGCAUUGUAAAUAAAAUAUCAGCAUAUUUUGAUAAAUGCAAAAAAGUACAGGAAGUUGGAAACAUGUAAUUUUAUUAAGUAGACCUGGGUUUGAAUGGUAGUGUCACAAAUGCAAAAAAUCCAUGAUAUAAAAAAUGACAAAUGAAAUUAAUACAAUGGAUAUUCUGUCUGCACAAUUGUUUGAGAAAUGUUAGACAGUUAAAAAAGUUCAAUAAACCAUUUUACCGAGUUGUUAAAAGAAGGAGGUGGAGAUGUGGGCCGAUGGUGAAAUUGUUCUGUUGCAUGUGUAUGAAAGACCUACACAUUCUUGUGAAUUUGUGUAGCCAAGGGCACCCCCAAAACAUAUUCCCUAAUGUGGUUGGAACCUGAUUGGCGUCUUGCACAUGCUACACUCACAGUUGGAUACAUUUUUGCUUGUCUGUAACUAAGUACUCUCUUAAAUUGUAUCAAACAUUGUCUAAUACAGAACGAGGAUGUGUGAGUAUUCUCUAGACAGCUGCCAGAAUUCUUUGGGAAUUUCCAUUUUGAGAUCUUUAU